CUUCCCGCCAGGACGACGGUUACGAUCAGCUGCUCGCAUAAACAUCACCAUUUCCUCCUUUUGAAUGGCUUAACAUCGACAAUGGAAGUCACCGUUUGCUCACAGGAUGGAGAAGUGAGUCUCAACUUUAUCCUUCCCGAGGGACUGACAGAGGAAACGUGUUCGACGAGCCUUGUGUGCGCCUACCAGGCUUGCCAAGAGAAUGGAUUAAACCCAGUGUGGCUUCCAUCAGCAGACUGUGUCAAACUUUCCCCCUCCAAGCAAGAUGUUUUCGUCUGUGAUCCCUUUGAAGGAGAAGCUUUUAAGCACUUAACAGAAGGUGGCUUUAAGUGUGUCAGAGUCCUGGGCCCACGAUGCCUCCUGACCUGCCUCCAUCGCAAGGAGCCCAUCCCUGAGCUGCCGUCCCCCAUCCACAACACAGCCAUGAAGGGGAUGGUUGUCACGACCACAGGAUUUGAGAAGGACGUAAAGGCCGAGCUGCAGAUGUUAGUGGAGAGGAUGGCGGGAAUCUAUUCCAACAACUUUCACGAGGGUGUGACACACCUGGUGGCAAACGCUGUGGGGAGCAAGAAGUAUAUUGUGGCUGUGGAAAAGGAGAUCCCAGUGAUGACCGGAGAGUGGGUGCAGGCAGUAUGGAAGGCUGUAAACCGGGAUUUCCGAGAAGAUAUCCUUGCCACGGAUCAACAGUUUUUGUCGUACACCUGCCCUGUCUUCAAAGGCCUGGUCAUCUGUGUGUCCCAGAUGCACCGCAAGGAAAAGGAUGCCCUUAUGAAAAUGAUUCAGGAUAAUGGUGGGACGUAUUCGGGUAGCUUGGAGAUGGCUGUGACCUCAGUCUUGAUCAUCCCAACCCCAGAAGGUGAUAAGUACACUCACGCAUGUAACUGGCGCAUCCAGUGUCUCACCCCAGACUGGAUCUACGACUCUGUGGAACAGGGACAUGCGCUUGACAUGGAGGGCUAUAAGGUGAAGAAGACACGUGGAGCUUCCACUCCUACCAACGACAUGUCUGUGAAUGGCGGCAAAAACACCUCAAGGCGGGCUUCUUUAUUGUCGGUUCCCCCAGAUGUGUCCAUGUGCAGCACCAUCAUGAACGAGACUGAUGCCUUGAAGGUUACCCAUAUCAAUGAGACCUUACAAAUGGACACCUCCAUAGCUGUCAAGAAGAACAGUGCCUUUGAUGAGAAAGUAAAUCGUGGUAUAGAAGCAGUGGAGGACCUGGACUUGCAGCAGGCCAUGAAGGCAGGUCUGUUCCUGGACGGCUGCAAGAUCUUCCUCUCCGGCUUCAGUGGGACGCACAUUGAGAAGCUUCGACGCAUCCUCAAUGCUGGUGGGGCAACGCGCUUCAAUCAGCUGACGGACUCGGUGUCUCACGUUGUCAUAGGGAAGAUUGUAGAUGAGCACUUCACAACAAUUCAGUCUUGGCCUUCGAAGCCCCACAUAGUUUACGGCGACUGGAUCACAGAGAGCAUCAAGCAGAAACGCCCAGCAGACGAGGCACAGUUCGCCCACCUUUCUGAUAGCAGUGGCAGCAGCAGCAACUCCCCCAAACCACCACGAAGGCCUCCUAGGGUCCCCGUGCCUUCCCAACAGCAGGAGAACAACGAGACAUACGUGGAUGAGGCCAUCAUCAAUCAGUACCUAAAGCCAGGAGCCAAACUGGAUGACACGAGGAAUGUUAGUCUGAAUGAGACGGCUAACAUGUCAGCUCUCCCAGACUCGCAGACGACAUUUGUGCAGGGGAUUUUUAGCGGCAAGAUCUUCACCGUCUCGGGCUACAACGAGGAAACCCUGGAGGACCUGAUUACCACCAUCCAGGACCACGGUGGGGAGGUGGUAUCUCACGACUACAAGGGCCGCGUCCACUAUACCCUCACCAACCUUGAUGGGACAGGGGAGGUUCACGCCAAUGCCAGUGAGAUUAUCUCGCACUUCUUCAUCGAGGAGUGCUUGGAGAAUGAGGGCCUCAUUGACGUAGAGUACUACCACAUGCCUCUCCUAGUCAGCAGACAGAUGAACUGCUUGGAAGACUGCACCGUAGCCAUAUCAACGUAUAAGGGCAAAGAACGCCUUUUUCUGGUCACUGUUGCAAAUGCACUUGGAGCAAGAUUCCAAGAAGUCUUUGCCAAGAAGGACAACCGUGCUAAGGACAUUAAGACGUCAACACACCUCGUAUGCCCAAGUGCCGAGGGAGACAAGUACCGGGCAGCUGUCAAGUGGGGGGUUCCUGCCAUCACACGAGACUGGCUGAUUGAGUGCAUACAUACUGGGGAGAGGGAGCCUGAGGACUUGUACAAAGUGGAUAACAAGAACCGACGGGAGGUCAACUACAAGGAAGUUAUCAGGAAGUUGAUCACAAAAGGACACUCAGAUGACCACAGCAGCACAGUGUACCGUGUGGAAGACACUGUUGCUGGGGACAUUACUGAGGUAGGAGCAACGCCCAUGAAUAACAAGGUGCGGGCAUUGAGGGAACAGGGCAAUGUCGGAACACCCUCGGACAUCAAGACGCCAGACCUUGAAACCAUGAGAAGGUUGUACCCAACCCCAGGAGUAGGGAAGGGCAACGAAACCUUGAACGACAUGCCAACACCAGACACUCCGUAUGGAAGCACAUGGUUCCCAAACCCUUCAUCCCGUGUGAGGAAAGGCUUCAAAAGGAUGCUGGACUCCAUUCCGGAUGCACCCGUGGUAAAGAAGCGCACCACAGAGAAUGGAACCCCAAUGAAUGUUCUCUAUAAAAAGUUCUUCAGCAAUGUCCAGGAGACAUUAGACAACCAUGAGCCAAAGUUCUCUGAGAGGAUGGCAGCUAAUGAACAGAGGAAGGAAGAACGUGAUGGUGGCAAGAAAGAGAGGAAAGAUAGCAAUGAAGAACAAGGGGGAGAGGAGACCAUGGCAGCUGACACCCAUGGCCCUUUGACAGGGGUGGUGGUGUGCACAGCCCGCAAGCUGCAGGAUCAGCAACGUGAGCUGUACAAAACUGUAGCGGAGUUAGGUGGGGACUACCGCUGGGGCUAUGACCAUUCAGUAACACAUUUUGUGUACCAAGGGCGCCACAAUGACACUAACAAGGAAUUCCGCUUGGCGCGAGAGCAUGGCAAAUUAAUUGUGGCACCAGAGUGGGUCCACAUGUGCCGUGAUGAGGAGGCCAGGAUUGAUGAGAGCUUAUUCCCACAUACACACAAUCCCAAGAUGUCCUUGUCCAUCUUGAGUGCCAAGACCACGCCAGUGUCGAAACGGGGCAGGCCUAAGAAAAUGCCCUUAGAGGAGACAUCACCAGACACCCAGGAGAGGCAGGAGUGUGAGGAGCAGGACACCAGCCACAGCAACGAGAGUGAGAACGAGAGCGGCGACACGGCCAAUGAUGAAGAGCAGAAGAAGGCAGCAAUCUCCAAGCAGCUAGAGGAGAUCGAGGCAUUGGCCACAGUUACGGGGUCAGGCAGAAGGAGUGCGGGUAAUGCCAGGAAUAGGUCCCUGGGCGAGAAGUUGAAACACACUCCCACACGCCCCAUUCAAGUGGAGGCACACCCAGCGACCAUGGAAGUGGCCGAGUCUCAGAACACGGCCAUCACCUGGGACGACCCGCAAGAGCGAGAGGCCAGGCUGCACCUCCAGAACCAACUCACCAAGGACACUCAGGAAAUCAUCAACGCAAGGGAGCAGCACGAUGAAACCGUCUACUUCGAAGAGGACGAGGAGGACAAGGAGAACACGCCCAGCCAAGAGGGGUCGGCUGACGAGUCCGCGGUCAUCCCCCACAAGACCAAGAAGAGGACGUACCUCAUUAUCCUCUCGGGCAUGCCGGAGGACGAGAAGAACCGCUACUCAGAGAUCGUGGAGAGUUUGGGCGGCUUGGUGAGCCAGGAGCAGAACCACGACCCGAGGGGCACCCACGUGGUCACAGCCAAGCCCUCGCGCUCGGAGAAGCACCUGGCAGCCAUCGCGUCGGGGAAGUGGAUGCUGUACGUCUCCUUCUUGGAGGAGUCGGUCAAGUUAGGCCACUUUGUGCAGGAGGAACCCCACGAAUGGGGCAACCCAGAGGCCACCUACCUGCCCCUGCUCCAACCGGAAAGCCUGGAGAAGAAGCUGGCCACUGCAGCCCACAGAUGGCGCCUCGCCAUCCAGGACAUGCCGGCUGGGGAUGAUCGCAGGGGAGCUUUCUGCCACAUGAGGGCCCUCAUCCACUCCAGCCUCCUUACAAGGACUGUGACAGACGCGACCCAUUUCUUCGUGGAAGCCAACAAAAACCCGGCCAAGUUUGACCUGGCCAAGUUUGCAGCCAACCAGGUCCCUUGCUUAGCCCCCGUCUUCCUCAACGAGUACCUAGUCAAGGACCCGGUUCCUGAUGAGAUGGAGCACUGCAUUCCAGAGUACAAGGAGAUUGUAGCAAGUAUGAGUAAAGCAGAUCAGUCUCUCAUUAGAAGAACAAGGAAACGGUAAUGGGGUUUGGUGCUGUAGGUAAGGCUACUCGGUAAAGGUCCUUGGGGUUUGAUGCCGCAGACUUUACCACUCCUCUUGCAAACCUGUCGUAAACUCAUAGCUCAAAGUAAAGCCUUUUCCCUCUCUUGGAGAAAUGGUGCGUCCUGUGGGUGCUGUGUGGGAGGUGGCUGCAUUUCAUUCUUCUCUUCUCUUUCUAGUAUUACGUAAGAGAAAGAGCCGAUUGUCUUUCUCAGAUAAAUCAGUAGAGUAUGUAGGCAUUAUAUCAAGAGUUGGUUCUGGAAUUGAAACAAUUUCAUCGUCCGAGAAUGAAGCUGAGAUAAGGACCAGUGAUUUAUGUACAAUAUCUUGAUCAUUGGUAUUAGUUUUUUAUUAUAUAAUUUUUUUUUUUUAAAGCAAUUCAUUAUCAUUCUUUCCCCUUUCAUCUUUCCCUUAUCAUAUUCUUCACUAAAGUCAUGAUUUUUGUGAUACCAUAUGUUGAACUGUGUAUUUUCAUAGUGUGGAGUUGGAACAUCUAUAUGAUUGCCAAUAGAAAACGAAGAUGCAUUGUAUUUUGAGACAUUUUUAUAUGUGAAUGUUCUUCCCUGAUGUGAGAUAAGGAGAAAUAUAUAUUUAUGAAUG